AUGGCCAAGGCCAUAUCGGCUGUUGCCCAGGGUGCCAUCCACCCAUCCUUGAAAUUUCCAUCAGCCCGGUGGCCGUGCACACUGCAGCAUCGCCUGAGAGGUCAACCUUUCAGUUAUUUUUCUCACACACCAGAGAUCUGUCUACUGACCCGAGGUAGACGGACGGCCAGCGUGCGAGCGGACACCUACUGUCGCCUCUACUCUCUUUCCGUGGACAAUUUCAACGAGGUGCUGGAGGAGUAUCCCAUGAUGAGGAGGGCCUUUGAGACGGUCGCCAUUGACAGAUUGGACAGAAUAGGCAAGAAGAACUCAAUCCUGUUGCACAAAGUUCAACAUGACCUAAACUCGGGUGUUUUCAACAACCGUGAGAAUGAGAUGAUCCAGGAGAUAGUGAAGUACGAUAGAGAGAUGGUUCAACAGGUGGAUGUACCACGACCACGAGCCAUGUCCCUGACACCUUCUCUUCAUGGUGGGAUCUUCACUCCUAUGGGUUCCUCCACCCAGCCUCAAAAUUCAGCGGUUGGCACUUUGCAGCAGGCCUUAGCCAUGAACUUUUGUCCCCCGAUGCAAGGGAACUCAUUUGGAGCGGGGAAUAUGCAGUCUCCAAGGAUGGUGAGGAGAUUCCCGGUGGUGCAAAGCGUAUCCAGCCCUGUGGCAGCCUCUCCCAUGCAGUCUCAGCUCCUUGCUUCUGGUGCCUUUGCUCCGGUCCUGUCCAGCCCUCCAGUCCAGAGCCCACUAGUAGUUGCAGGACGAUCGUUCCAGUAUGGGUCCAGUUCCAUGGCAGGUCCCACCUCAGGCUCCCAGCUUUCUCUAGUCCAGCAGCACUUAUACAGCCCUGCACACCGGCCAAGCACAUUCAAGAGCACGCAUUCCUUGCAAAUGGGCAGUUUGAGCCAAGACGCCAGGGCCCUGUCUGCCUCUCAGCCCUCACUGCCUCAUGACGGGGUGCAACCAGCUGCCCCCAGUCCACCACAGUCUACACGAGUCUCUUCUUCGUCCAUCGGACCCCCUCAGACCCCAUCAGGUCACACAACCGUUCGGAGUGGUAUACCACAGAGGGUGGUUCUGCCGCAUCAAAUGUCUAUGGGGGCAUUCCCCUUAGCAUCACUGCCUGGUUCUGGACAGAGUUUUGGGGCCGUUGCAGGGCUGUCAGUAGGGGGGAUGGGAACAGGUCAUGGAGACUCAGGACAACCCAAAAAGGACUCUAUAGUGAGCCUUCCUGAGACUGACCACAUCAAAGUUAGAUCCAGGUUAUCCUCAAACUUGUGAUCUUAAUUAGACUCUUGGGAGGGAGUGACUCAAUGGGGGCUUGACUGCAGGAUCACGGGAAGGAUUUCUGUUCUCCUUUCUACAGUUCCUCGUCACUCUACCUGUUCCAGUUUGACUAUACGAAUGUAUGAAUGUUGAGUGAGUGGCAGAAAGGAUCAUUUGAGAGGUUAACUGUUUUAAGAUCAAGUCUGUAUGGUGACUUUGGAAGCUGCAGCAUUGAUAUGUUUCUACUCAGACAUAGAAGAUGCACAGAACAGUGGUUAUACAGCAAAGUAGCAUCUGCCAUCUCUUUAUUAAUUGUAUUUCACAACAUAGUUAGCAACAGAUGGGCAUACCUGCUUCACUUACCCUUUCAUUGAACUCAUGUGAUGAAAAUUUUGGGUCAGAUUGGACUAAAGGAAAAUCAGGGACCUGCUUCAGAUAUCAGAAGUUAGCACGUUAAUUUUAACCACCGCUUCUAUCAUAUUUUUCAUGAAGGCCGCCUUUCAUUUCCUCACAGAUGCAUAAUUAUUGUGAUUGCAUAAUGUUUGAAUGCUAAUUGGUGUUGGUUUGAACAGUUUUAAAUAUUUAUUCAAGUAGCUCAUUAGACCAAAUUUGUAAGCACAAAAUUUAACAAUUUCUAAAAAAGAGAGACUCCAGUGGUUUAAGCCAUAUUUCUGUGAGAUCACUGAUAUGACGUUAUGAACAAGAGUGUGUUGUCAGUAGGAUCUAGUUUGCCUCUUUUGUAAGUCUUCCCUGCCUCCCUACGGAUAAAUGUGUGAGGUUGUAGAAUCCUCAGAUAACAUACGAUGAAUAUCCUUCAAACUGAAAUUACAUCUGUGGGACAAAUGACUUUGUUCCAGCCACGCCAUUGAUUUCUACAGGAAACGGCUGCAUUUUUUUUUAUUUAAAGCUGCAUUCGUCAAUAAUUUUUAAAUCAACAGUGAAUCAAAUGACUACAUGCAAUGCAACAGGAACCUGCCCAGAAUGAUUACGCACCUUUAUUUUGUAAAUGGACAAUUGUAGCCUCUAGUACUCAUUGUUUUGGUGAUAAGACCCACAAUUACUCCACCAGCAGAGCUUUUAAAUAUUUCCUCCAUCCUCCCACAACACCUCGAAAAUAAUGAGUCAUCACGUGAAUCACACAACACUUCUUUUUCUCCUUCUUAGUGGUAGAGUGCUAUUUAAAAUUGCCUUAACCUCCAUGAGAUAUUUACACCAGUCACAAGGGAUUGAUGUUUUUCUGUCACUCAGCUGACUGUACCGUGACCUUACUACACCAUUUUACUGUGGUUCCCCAGGGGAAGGGUGCCAAAAAAAUGGAAUGGGAGGGGCUGAUUAUUUUGGCACUAUUCCUAAUGGAAAAAGUAUAGGUACUUAACCUUACUAUACCAAACCUAACCUGAUAUCUGCAAUUCAGUUACAGACAAACCCCUUACACAUGUAAUGAAAUUGUAUUUUCUGAAUACACUGGCAGCACCAUGUGUAAAGCCAGUAUUUUAUUUAAUGGUUGUUGCCUCCAUCUCUGGUGAUACAUCCUGCUCAUUUUAUGUCUUAAUAUAAUAUUUUUAUUUACACAUUGAACCUUUAAAAAAAAAACAAAAAAAAACAAAUUGUCAAAUGUCAGCUGUUGCUCUUUAGCUUGCACACACCAGUUAAAUUAAUGUAGAAACUGACCAUUGUGUGGUCUGAAGCUGAUUAAUGAUUUGGUUUGUUCCUGUACAUUUCUUUAAAAAAUGUAAUAGCAAAAUGACUCUACAGAUAUAU